CCGAGGUCUGUCAUGGCGGCGUCCAGUGAACAAGCCGGUGAGAAGGAAAGGAAUGCUAGGGUUCUUGUUGGCUCGACAAACGGGUUUGGACGACCCGCUUCGCCUCCGGAGGGCGGAGUCUACACGGAGGGUUUUGGGCCUGGAGUUAAACAAAGACCGAGAUGUUGAAAGGAUCCAUAGCAGCGGAGUCAACACCCUUGAUAUUGAGCCUGUUGAGGGGAGAUAUAUGUUGUCAGGUGGUUCAGAUGGUGUGAUUGUACUUUAUGAUCUUGAGAACUCCAGCAGACAGCCUUAUUACACAUGUAAAGCAGUGUGUUCCGUUGGCAGAAGCCAUCCUGAUGUUCACAAGUACAGUGUGGAGACUGUGCAGUGGUACCCUCAUGACACCGGCAUGUUCACAUCAAGCUCAUUUGAUAAGACUCUGAAGGUGUGGGACACAAAUACGUUACAAACUGCAGAUAUAUUUAAUUUUGAAGAAACUGUUUAUAGUCAUCAUAUGUCUCCAGUCGCCACCAAGCAUUGUUUGGUAGCAGUUGGUACUAGAGGACCCAAAGUACAACUUUGUGACUUAAAGUCUGGAUCCUGUUCGCACAUUCUACAGGGUCACAGACAAGAAAUACUGGCGGUUUCCUGGUCACCACGUCACGAAUACAUCUUGGCUACUGCAAGUGCAGACAGUAGAGUCAAAUUAUGGGAUGUGAGGAGAGCAUCAGGGUGUUUGAUUACACUUGAUCAGCAUAACGGGAAAAAGUCACAAGCUGCCGAAUCAGCAAACACCGCUCAUAAUGGGAAAGUUAAUGGCUUAUGUUUUACAAGUGAUGGGCUUCACCUCCUCACUGUGGGUACAGAUAAUCGAAUGAGGCUUUGGAACAGUUCCAGUGGAGAAAACACACUCGUGAACUAUGGAAAAGUUUGUAAUGAGAGUCGAAAAGGAUUGAAAUUUGCUGUCUCCUGUGGCUGCAGUUCAGAAUUUGUUUUUGUACCAUAUGGUAGCACGAUUGCUGUUUAUACAAUUUACUCAGGAGAACAGAUAACUAUGCUUAAGGGACAUUAUAAAAACGUUGACUGCUGUGUGUUUCAAUCUAAUUUCCAGGAACUUUAUAGUGGUAGCAGAGAUUGCAAUAUUCUUGCUUGGGUUUCAUCUUUAUAUGAGCCAGUGCCUGACAAUGAUGAGACCACAAGCAGAUCACAAUUAAAUCCUGCGUUUGAAGAUGCCUGGAGUAGCAGUGAUGAGGAAGGAUGACUGUCAAUCCCUAGCACUUGGUGUCUCUAUUGGCAGGAUAGUUCUCACAUAGAACUAUUUGGGGACUUUUGUAAAAACCUAAUUCCAAUGACGGCGGAAUUACCUUGAUUGGGGGGUGUUUUUUCCUCCCUUGUUUUAAAAUGAAGUUAGUAUAUGCCUAAAGACCUACAACAGUUUACCAUGUGUUUUAAAUAAAACACACCCCUAGAGCCAAGCCCCAUUUGCCACCACAUGAGGAGACACGUCUCGGUGCUCUGCCCACUGUGGUGGCCCUGCAGCCUCCUCCCUAGCCUGGGCCCAGGCAUCGCAAACUGAGGACCAGCAAGUAGAGAGCGUUAGACUUGACUUUCUCUGCUGGCUGUGUCAUCAGCUGCUCAUUUUCAUUCAUCCUCGUCAUUCAUGCUCAUUCCCAUUGAGGAGGAUAAUACCCAAAAAUAAUAGUUCAAGAGGUAUCGUCAGAAUUUUCUUACUCCUAUUCAUGGAUUCUGUUUCAUACAGAUUUUACUUAACCACAUCUAGCUCUUUGUUAAAUAUUUUGGGACUCAUCAAAAAACUGCAUCACAAGAAGUCUAACUUGAACCCAACCCAGCAGUUCUUGGGAGUCAUUGCCGCUGGUGCUCGGGGGACCAGCUGGCACCAGGACUUGAACCCAAGCCUCCUGCAUUCAUAGAAUGCACUCAUCUGAUUGGACUAUCUCUCUAGCAAGUGGAAUGUUUUUAUGUUUUUAUUUAUUUUUUAUUUUGGGACCAUUCCCAGCUGUGCUCAGGGGUGAUUCCCAAUUCUGUGCUUGGGGGACUGUAUGGUGCUACAUGUAGAGCAUGAACUUGUCCUGUUGCAUGCUCUCUCAGCCUCAGUGUUUCAGUGCUUCACAUGGCAACUUGUCUUCAUGCUUUGACUCUCUGUCUAUCUUGAUAAUAUAAACUAAGUUCUUCUGGGGCUGGAGAGAUAGCACAGCGGGUAGGGCGUUUGCCUUGCACGCGGCCGGCCCGGGUUCGAUUCCCAGCAUCCCAUAUGAUCCCCUGAGCACCGCCAGGGGUAAUUCCUGAGUGCAGAGCCAGGAGUGGCCCCUGUGCAUUGCCAGGUGUGACCCCCCAAAAAAAUAAUAAUAAUAAAUAAAUAAACUAAGUUCUUCUUAGUUUAUCAAAGCACAAAAUUGCCUGGCAAGAAAUCUGGCCUAGUUACAAAUGUUUUUAGAAAAUUUCUCUUAUUAUCUCCUUUUCUUUUUUGUCAUAAUUGUGCCCCCCCCGCCUAUCAUGAAUUAUCAAGACAUUAUUCAUAAUUAUCAUGAUUAUCAUGAAUUAUCAUUAUUACCUUGAAUUCCCUUUCUUCCUGAUUUUGAUCAGUGGGACACUUGAAAAAGAUUUUGUGAAAGUUUUUAAGUAUUGGGUCAAAUAUUUAUUUCUCUGAUAUUUCUCACUAAAUUUUUUAUGUGUUUAUUUUAUUGUUGAUUUUCUUAAGUCUUAAUCUCUAAGUCCCACAUUUUUCUUUUAUUGGUAAAAAAUACUUUUUUAAUUGGAGGGUCUUUUCUUAACUUUUAGAAAAAAGUCUUCUAUUUAUAUCAGUAUUUAUGCUCAGUGUAAAUAAUUUAAGCAACAUAAAAUCUUACAGAAAAAUGUAAUGGUUCUGUAAAAUCAGGCCACGUUAACAUUUUGGUGGCCAUUCUUCAUUUUGUCACCUUUUACAUGGAAUUUUCUAUACUGGGGUGUUAAACGUACUGUUGUAUAGUUAACAUACCACAGAAACUCUCUCCGCCUACACCAGCACCUCUCUCCCUCUCUUAAACUCCUGCUUCAAUCCAGAUUUUUUUAACCAACUAUAUGUUCUUUCAUAUUACACCCUUUAUGGAUUUAUAUAGACAGGCGGCGAAGAGAUUUUACUUUGUAAAAUAAAAGUUCUGCCUUGAUUGUCUUCAA